UUGUUGGUCUCUUUCUCUAUAUUUCCAUCAAUCUUUUCUUCAGUUUCUCACCACUUCUCUCUUUGUUCUUAUCAUUCUAAUGCAGCCACUUCGCCGCAAAGCUUCUCUUUUCACUAGUGAAUCGAUGAAGCACAGAAAGAACAACAAUCUUUCAAUAUUUGUUGUGGUUUUUUCUAUAUUUCUGUUUGGGGUCUUCAUGUACAAUGAAGACGUGAAGUCUAUUGCUGAGUUUCCUUUCUCCUCAAGUGCUCCUAAAACUCAGGAAACCCUAGAAGAGCAGUCCAGUAAGCAAACAAACGUUGACUCAGUUGAAGAAACUAAGAAUGACAAAGAGGGCAGUGCUGUGACUUCAAGAACCUCUCUUGAAGAGCCUCAAGUUCAAAGUUCUGAUGAUGCACAAGAAACCAAAGAAGACGAGCAAAAGAUUGAGUUGCCAGUCAUUGAAGAAGAUGAUGAUGAAGAUGUUGAAUUGCCCCCGGAAGAAUGCGAUCUCUUCACAGGUCAAUGGGUUUUUGAUAAUGAAACACACCCUUUGUACAAAGAAGAUCAGUGUGAAUUUCUCACAGCCCAAGUCACUUGCCUAAGAAACGGAAGAAAAGACUCCAUGUACCAAAACUGGAGAUGGCAACCCAGAGAUUGCUCUUUGCCCAAGUUCAAGUCAAGAUUACUGCUACAGAAGCUAAGAAACAAAAGACUUAUGUUUGUUGGAGACUCACUGAAUCGAAACCAAUGGGAAUCAAUGAUUUGUCUGGUUCAAUCUGUGGUUCCUCGUGGUAGAAAAAGCUUGAACAAAACGGGAUCUCUUGCUGUGUUUAGAAUUGAGGACUACAAUGCGACAGUGGAAUUUUAUUGGGCUCCUUUCUUGGUCCGGUCGAAUUCGGAUGAUCCGACGAUGCACAGCAUUCUGAAUCGAAUCAUUAUGCCUGAGUCAAUCGAUAAGCAUGGAGUUAAUUGGAAAAAUGUUGAUUAUUUGAUCUUUAAUACAUAUAUUUGGUGGAUGAAUACUUUCAGCAUGAAAGUCUUACGAGGAUCGUUCGAUAAAGGGGACACAGAAUAUGAUGAGAUCGAACGGCCAAAAGCAUAUGCAAGAGUAUUGAAUACUUGGUCUAACUGGGUGGAGCAAAAUAUAGAUCCCAAUCGCACCAUAGUCUUCUUCGGUAGCAUGUCACCUCUUCACAUCAAGAGCUUGGAUUGGGAGAACCCAGAUGGGAUCAAGUGUGCAUUGGAAACGACUCCAAUUUUGAACACUUCCAUGUAUUUGAAUGUGGGCACAGAUCGAAGGCUCCUUGUAAUUGCAGCAAAUGUGACAAAACACAUGAAAGUUCCAGUCCAUUUUAUUAACAUUACAACCCUUUCAGAAUAUAGAAAAGAUGCGCAUACUUCGGUUUACACAAUUCGCCAAGGCAAAAUGUUGACGCCGGAACAGAAGGCCGAUCCUACAACAUAUGCUGAUUGUAUCCAUUGGUGUCUCCCUGGAUUGCCAGACACUUGGAAUGAGUUCCUCUACACACGUAUCAUUCGCACGUGACUCACUGCGACGUUUCUUUUUUUAAAUUUUUUUAAUCUCAUCUUUCUUUUUCGUCGUUUAACUUUCUACGGUUGUCCUGUAAUUUUUCUUCUCAGUUCCCUCGUUCUAGUUCUCCUGUAAUUUUUCUUCUCAGUUCCCUCGUUUUAGUUCUGUUAUAGGGUGAAUGACAGGGAUGGGCCACCAAGUUUUUUUGGUUCAUUGUUGACAUUGGACAAAGUACGUGGUAAAAAAUUGGCUGUACAAGACACUGAACUGUAUAAUGCAUAUAUUCGAAGGGCAAUAAAAUUAGUUCAACAAACUGUACGUAAA